GUGAAAUCUGCACAUUUGACAUCCCGCAUUCCGCAUUCCUCUCAUUCCUCGCCCGCCUGUCUGAUCGUCCCGCCUGUCGAUCGAUUUCCGCCAUGUCCCUCGCCAAGUGCGCGAGUCAAGCCAGCGCCAGUCCGCUGCGAUGGGCGGCCGUUGUAACAUUCGUGCUAUUCACAUUGAUAGACUCACAGUUUAUCGAAUCAGCAGCGGCGGCGGCGGCGGAGGGGGGCGAUCACUCUUUCAGCGCGAGCGUGGUGAAGCUGACAGACAGCAACUUCAAGCGGAAGACCAAGGGGCACGCCUUCGUCAUGUUCUACGCCGAAUGGUGCGGGCACUGCAAGCGGCUCAUCCCCGUGUGGUCGCAGCUGGCGGACGACCUCAAGGAGGCGGGCAGGGCUGACGUCAGCAUGGCGGCGCUGCUGGCGACGGAGCACCGCGCGCACCCCGCGGCGAAGCUCGUGCGCGGCUUCCCCACGCUCAUCUGGUUCCACGGCGGCCGCCCCAUCGCGCAGUACGAGGGGGACCGCUCGCGCGAGUCCCUGCUGGCGUUCGUCGAGGAGCAGGCGCAGCUGGGGGAGGCGGAGUUGGCGGAGGGCGCGCGGCGCAUGGCGGAGGAGGUGCGGAAGGUGGAGGAGGAGGCGCGGAAGGAGGCGGAGAAGACGGGCGAGGAGCACUCGUUCAGCGGGAGCGUGGUGGAGCUGACGGACGGCAACUUCCAGGAAAAGACCAAGGGGCACACGUUCGUGAUGUUCCACGCCGAAUGGUGCGGGCACUGCAAGCGCCUGAUCCCCACGUGGUCGCAGCUGGCGGACGAGCUGCAGGCGGCGGGGCGGGCGGACGUGAGCGUGGCCGCGCUGCUGGCGACGCAGCACCGCAACCACCCCGCGGUGAACGCGGUGCAGGGCUUCCCCACGCUCAUCUGGUUCCACGGGGGGCAGAUGGUCAACGACUACUCCGGCGAUCGCAGCGUGGCGUCGCUGCGUGAGUUCGUGGAGCAGCAGAGCGCGCUGCAGGGGGCGGCGCUGGCGCGGGCCAAGCGCGAGAUGAAGGCGGCGGUGGAGCGCAAGGCGGAGGACAUGCGGCAGCAGCAGCAGAAGGCAGCGGAGGAGCGGCAGCGCGUGGAGGCGGAGUUCAGCAGCCAGGUGCCCGAGCUCAGCCUGAGCUACCUGGCAGGGCUGGAGGACAAGCAGGCCGUGGUGCUGCACUACGCCGACUGGUGCCAGGCAUGCGGCGCCAUGAAGCCCGUUAUCCUCGACCUGCUGGCGCAGCCCCCGAUUGACGGCCUCCUGGUGGGCCGCUUCAAGGACAACCAGGCCGCGCUGCCUGCCGCUGGUAACACGCUGCGUAACGGCCAGCCGACGACCUUCUUUGUGAGCCAUGGGCGGGUGGUGGACGCUCUAAAGGGGGCGAAGAAGGGCGAGGAGGUGAGGGAGUGGGUGCGGGAGAUGGGCGAGCUGAGUGAGGAGGAGAUGGAGGAGAGGGCGGCGGAGUGGAGGGCGGGCGUGGAGGAGGAGGCGGAGCGCGUGCAGCGGGAGGAGAGGGAGAAGAUUCAGCAGGAGGUGAGAAAGAAGGAGGAGGAGAAGCGCAAGGCCAAGCUGCAGAAAAGGAGGGCCAAGACAAGAGCGGCAGCGAGGUGAAGAGGAGACCGAUGCAACGAUGAAGGCGAUCAGGGUGGGUAGAUGGCAGAAGGGGAGGAGGGCUGUUUGAUCAAGGGGGGAAAGAGUGGAGAGGGCCAGAGGCGAAUAUUGAAGCCCGUGGGACAACAGUUCCCUUGAGAAAUUGGCCCGGCCUGGAGGCAAAUGAACGGAGUUGGGAUGGGUUGACCUCUGCAAGCUCCAGUAAGAGUGGAGGUCAGUUAUUACUCGAAUAACUAUUAGGAAUGCAUAACUAUGGCGUAGAAAGCGUUUGUAAUUUGGAGAUGUAGUCACUCCUAACAACACCACCAACAUGUUAUGCCAAUGCACAGUGUAUGUAUCUGACCGUACGGAUUCCUG